AUGGCCUCUCCCCAAGUCGACGAGUCAUUCUCGGCUCUCCUUAAAGAGGAAUACAAGGGCCGGAAACUCACCGAUCCCAUUAAUACGGUCAAAGAUAAAUGGGAGCUCUUGCCAGCUUUCCUCAAAGUGAAAGGUUUGGUCAAACAACAUUUGGAUUCUUUCAAUUACUUCAUCGAGACUGAUUUGAAAAAGAUUGUCAAAGCCAACGAGUAUGUCUUUUCAGAUGUGAAGCGCGACUUCUAUAUCAGAUACAGAGACAUUCGUGUUGGUAGAACAUCUGACCAAAGCCCUGACUGCAAAGGCAUUUCCGAGGAUCCUCACAAAUGUAGAUUGAGAGACAUGGACUAUACUGCGCCCAUCUAUGCAGAUAUUGAAUACGUCCGUGGAACAAAGGUCAUUCGUAAUAGAAAUGUGCCCUUGGGUGACAUGCCUAUUAUGUUGAGAUCCAAGAGCUGUGUCUUAGAUGGUCUCAAUAGUCAAGAAAUGGCUGCCAGAGAAGAAUGUCCAAUUGACCCCGGUGGAUAUUUUAUUAUCAAUGGUACUGAAAGAGUCAUUUUGAUUCAGGAGCAGCUUUCUAAAAACAGAAUCAUUGUGGAAGCAGACGAAAAGAAGGGUAUAGUGCAAGCCUCUGUGACUUCGUCGACUCACGAACGUAAAUCCAAAACCUACAUCAUUUGCAAAAAUGGAAAACUAUAUUUGAAACAUAAUUCCAUCGCUGAGGACAUGCCUAUCGUUGUGAUGUUGAAGGCCGCUGGUAUCACUUCAGAUCUCGAAAUUUUGCAAUUAGUGUGUGGUAACAACCCGCAAUAUCAAGAUUUGUUCGCCAUCAACUUCGAAGAAGCAGCAAAGCUUCAGAUCUAUACCCAACAACAGGCUCUUCUCUAUGUUGGAAAGAGAGUCAAAACGAUCCGUAGAGCUGGCUCUCCUAGGCUCACUCAGCUUCAGGAGGGUAUUGAAGCAAUCGCUACAACCAUCAUUGCCCACUUGACAGUUUCGAACUUGAACUUUCGUGAGAAGGCAUUGUACAUGGCCACAAUGGCAAGAAGAGUGUUAAUGACUAUGCACAACCCAUCUAUGGUCGAUGACAGAGAUUACGUUGGUAACAAGCGUCUCGAGUUGGCCGGUCAGCUCAUGUCCCUUCUUUUCGAGGAUUUGUUCAAAAAAUUUAACUCAGAUUUGAAAAUUGCCAUUGACAAGGGUAUGCAAAAGAAGGGUGUGGCUGUAUUCGACGCAGUGAUACUCAUGCAAUCCCAGAUCCAUCAGAUCACCUUAGGUUUGAGCAGGGCUAUUACCACAGGUAAUUGGUCUUUGAAACGUUUCAAGAUGGAAAGAGCAGGUGUGACCCACGUUCUUUCCCGUCUUUCAUACAUUUCUGCGCUCGGUAUGAUGACUCGUAUCUCCUCUCAAUUCGAAAAGUCUCGUAAGGUCUCCGGCCCCAGAGCAUUGCAACCAUCUCAAUUUGGUAUGUUGUGUACCUCAGACACUCCCGAGGGUGAGGCCUGUGGUUUGGUCAAGAAUCUUGCAUUGAUGACACAUAUCACUACUGAUGAUGAGGAAGAACCGAUAAAACGUUUGUGUCUCCUUCUAGGUUGUGAAGAUAUCCUUAGUAUUGACUCUGCCACUCUUUACUCUGAUGGAAAUUAUGGUAUAUUCGUAAACGGUACUCUCGUUGGAACAACUCGUUAUCCCAUCAAAUUCGUCAGAGAUUUUAGAGAACUUAGAAGAACAGGUCGCGUCUCUGAAUUUAUUUCAAUUUUCACCAAUACGCAUCAAACUGCGGUCCAUAUAGCUACCGAUGGUGGAAGAGUUUGUCGUCCAUUAAUUAUCAUUGACGACAAGACUCAACAACCCAGAGUCGAGGCAUGGCAUCUAGAGAAAUUGUUAAAAGGCGAGUGGGCUUUCGAUGAUUUCUUGAAACAUGGUUUAGUCGAAUAUCUUGAUGUUAACGAAGAAAACGAUGCCUUAAUUGCUCUUUACGAACGCGAUAUGGAGCAAGAGCCUGAAAUGCGCUUCACACAUCUCGAAAUUGAGCCUUUCACCGUUCUAGGAGCUGUUGCUGGUUUGAUUCCAUAUCCUCAUCACAAUCAAUCCCCAAGAAAUACGUAUCAAUGUGCGAUGGGUAAGCAAGCCAUCGGUGCAAUUGCAUACAAUCAAUUCCGUCGUAUUGACACUUUGUUGUAUUUUAUGGUCUAUCCUCAACAGCCAAUGGUGAAGACAAAAACAAUAGAAUUAAUUCAAUAUGAUAAGCUCCCAGCUGGACAAAAUGCGACCGUGGCGGUUAUGUCCUAUUCAGGUUAUGAUAUCGAGGAUGCUUUAGUGCUUAACAAGUCAUCUAUAGAUAGAGGUUUUGGAAGAUGUCAAGCUGUCUACAAGAACACAAUCAACUUGAAAAAGUACACGAACAAUCUGGACAGUCUUCCAGGUAUGCGUGUUGAUGAGAACAACAAGCCAAUUUUCGCUCAUGCUUCAAUUGAAAGAGACGGUUUGGGUGAGGUCGGUAUGCGUGUUGUACAAGGUCAAGUCUUCGCAAAUAAACACUCAUAUGUGGGAGACCCAACCGGGCCCGCUCAACCACUCAACUCCGAGGCAUACAGAGAAACUCCAGCAUACUAUAAAGGUCCUGAGCCAGCAUAUAUUGAUCAAGUCUUAAUGACCAAGGAUAAAAGAGAUGAGACCUUGGUGAAAGUUCUUUUGCGUCAAACUAGAAGACCUGAGCUUGGUGACAAAUUCUCCUCGAGACACGGACAGAAAGGUGUUUGUGGAAUUAUUGUACAACAAGAAGAUCUUCCUUUCAAUGAUAAUGGUAUUAGUCCUGAUAUUAUCAUGAACCCGCACGGUUUUCCUUCCAGAAUGACGGUUGGAAAGAUGAUCGAAUUGAUUUCGGGCAAAGCCGGUGUUUUGAAUGGUUCUUUAGAAUAUGGAACAUGCUUUGGUGGUUCGAAAUUGGAGGAAAUGUCCCAGAUUUUGGUGGACAAGGGUUUCAGUUAUUCCGGAAAGGAUAUGUUGUAUUCUGGUAUUACAGGUGAAUGUUUGCAAGCUUAUAUCUUCUUUGGGCCUAUUUACUAUCAGAAGUUGAAGCAUAUGGUUCUAGAUAAGAUGCAUGCAAGAGCAAGAGGACCAAGAGCCGUUUUAACAAGACAACCGACCGAAGGUAGAUCUAGGGAUGGUGGUUUGAGAUUGGGAGAGAUGGAGAGAGACUGUGUAAUUGCAUAUGGAGCAUCGCAGCUCUUAUUAGAGCGGUUGAUGUUGUCCUCAGAUGCUUUUGAUGUGGACGUUUGCAACAAUUGUGGUUUGAUGGGCUACAGUUCUUGGUGCAACACAUGUAAAAGCUCUGAAUAUGUCAUUAAGAUGACUAUUCCAUACGCCGCUAAGUUGCUUUUCCAGGAGCUUUUGUCGAUGAACAUUGCUCCUCGUUUAAGACUCGGAGACGUAUUCUAA